UCCCUUGAAUGAUAAUACCGUAGUUUAACUAAAAAUUAUCGUAAAUAAGUUUUUGUGUUUUUUAUUACCAUUAGUAAACGAUACUUUUAUGGAAAAUGGAAGACGUAAAGAAGAAUGCUUGUGUAGUUGUUUUGGGAGAUAUAGGCAGAAGUCCUAGAAUGCAGUAUCAUUCCCUAUCUUUAGCAGAAAUGGGAUAUGUAGUGGACAUUAUUGGAUAUGGAGAAACUGAACCUAUGGAAGAAGUAAAAACUGCUCCUUUGUUAUACUAUCAUUAUUUAUUGCCUUGUCCUCGUAUUUCACUGAAAUUUGUGAAUUAUAUUUUCAAGACUAUUUGGCAAGCAAUAAAUUUGUUGUUUCUACUUUUUGUUAUUAGAAAACCUGAUAUACUACUAGUUCAGAAUCCCCCAGCAAUACCAACUCUGUCUAUUUGUUGGUUUUACUGUAAAACGAUGGGAUCAAAGUUUGUUAUUGAUUGGCACAACUAUGCUCAUACUAUAAUGGCUUUAAGUCUUCAUAAACACCAUCCGUUAGUCAAACUCACUAAGAAGAUCGAAUUAUUUAUUGGAAGAAAGGCAGAUAAUAACUUUUGUGUUACAAACGCUAUGAAUAAUGAUUUAUCUGAAAACUGGAACAUAAGUGCCGUCACCUUGUAUGAUAAACCACCUAAAAUAUUUCAACCAAUAACAUUAAAACAAAAACAUGCAUUCCUAAAGCACUUAGGAGAAAGCUAUAAAAAUUUGACUCUUGAUGAUAAUUCAACAUUGUUCACGAAAGAAGUUAAUAAUGAAGUUUAUUUAAAAAAGGACAGACCUGGACUUAUUGUUUCUAGUACAAGUUGGACGGAGGAUGAAGAUUUUUCUAUUUUGCUAACAGCGCUACAAGAUUAUGAGAAUCAUAUUUUAAAUGGAAAUGAGAAAACGUUACCUGACCUAAUAUGCUUUAUAACAGGAAAAGGCCCUUUAAAAUCUUAUUACAGUGAAAAUAUUGCAAAGAGAAAUUGGCAACAUAUAUCCAUUAUUACCCCCUGGUUAGAAUCCAAGGAUUACCCAACAAUGUUAGCCUCGGCUGACUUGGGAGUAUGUUUGCAUACAAGUUCUAGUGGUUUAGACUUACCCAUGAAGGUUGUGGACAUGUUUGGCUGUGGCCUGCCUGUUUGCGCUUAUGAUUUCAAAUGUCUUGGCGAAUUAGUAAAACAUGGAAAAAAUGGAUAUAAAUUCACUUCUGCUGAGGGAUUGUCAGAGCAGCUUCAAGAGUGGUUUGAAAAUUUUCCGCAUAAUGAAAAACAACAAGAAAAAGAGACCCAAUUUAAAACAGAGCUUCAUACAUUCCAGAAAUUGCGAUGGACAGAAAACUGGGUUAAUAUGGCUUGGCCAGUAUUGAAAUAAAUAUAUUGUGAUGAGUUAAUAAUUUUCCAUAUCGAUUCAAUAAUAAAAAUAAUUUU